AUGAGCUGCGACGCCGAGAAGGACUCUGAUGCAUCAUCUGUCACCGACACUUCCAUCACGGCUCUGCCGGCCAAAGACCUCUCAUCCUCUUUGCCGCAGAAAUAUAUCGACAAAGAUAAGAUCUCUUCAAUCCUGUCUCUGAGUAAAGAUGACAAGCCUCUCCGGACAACCGAUCCCUACAAUGCCGACAAAGACAAAGGCAAAGAUUUGACAUCUUCCCAGAUUACCUCUCAACUCAACGAUAAGUCGUCUUUAAAUAUCGUCUCUAUCAGAAGGUCCGGAAUCUCGUCAAUUGUCACCCCAACACCGAGUAAGGAUCAGUCGAGCGCUUUGACUACACAAGGAAGUCAACACAAGCCUACGUCCACGCUUGAUAUUGUAUCCGGGACGGCUUCGAAGGAUGCUCCCUCAACAGGUGUGGUAGUAACCAACCCCACCCCUAGAUCCGACAAGGACAAGGAUAGUACAAGCAUUAAUGAGGAGCUUCACACCUCGACCAAAGACGCCGGUGCCUCUUCCAUUUUGGGGACUCUGCCAGGAGAUGAUAAAACUUCUAGCUUACCCGACAAGGACAAACAUUCAACCUCGGGGUUGUCUACAUUCGAUAUCAAAACCACGUCUGAAGCAACAUUGCCGACGAAUGAUAAGACUUCAUCUACCGCUUCGACAUCUGGUGAAGACAAGUCUUCCUCGUCUACAUCGCAGACAGUAAUUGUCACAUCUUCGCCAUCAUCAACAUCAGACAAAGACAAGGCUUCGUCAAGUGUUCCAACAACACUGAAGGACGUAUCCUCAAGCUCUUCAUUUACAGGGAAGUCGAGCACUUCAAAGUCGGGCAAAUAUGAUGAUAAGUCAGAAUCUCCGUUCACGAUCUUCUCGGAUUCAAGUCUACAAUUCACGGAAGCUGAGACAGCUUCGUCCUCCAACGUGACGGCAUCGCUGCCUAACAUCAAGCCUAUCAUCAUCACGUACUCAAUCACACUGGCCCCGGUACCCUCGUCCUCUUUGAGCUUGACGCUUGCGUCGAGUAAGCCCGAAAUUUCAGCCUUCAGCAAUGAUAUCGUCCUUAGCGAGUCGACUGUCCCCUCCAAAGAGCUCAAUACCCAUACAAUCUCCUCAAUGCAACGCCCUAGCAAUCCUUCAGGCUUUUCAAGCAAACCCGAGCAACCCAUCCUGGGUACCGCUGUUCUGUCAAGCAAAGGAUUGAUGUUUCCUUCAAAACCAACGUUGACAGUCUCUUCGACCGCAGACAUCACUUCAUUUCCCGGGUACUCAGUGGUACCUUCACCCUCUGAAGGGGCAUCGAUCCCAGACAAAGGGUCCUACACUAAUUUGACUUCUCCUCUUAUUCCCGUCUGGACACAGCCGAUGCUUGGGAAUGGUUACGGGGGAGGCUUUGUCACUACUCCUUCCAUUUAUGUCACAAAGCUUCCUUCAUCAAAUGAGACGUCAAUUCUCCCGCCCGGAUAUGGCUCCGCAUCUUCUAUGGCUUCUUUACCAAUGACCACUAACAUUUCGAUACCUUCUUCCCUGCAAGAGGGCGGCUCUGGAACGCAGACUUUGAGUGGCAAGUCAGUCAUUAGUCUCAUCUCACUUAAGGGCGAAUCAAAGACUCUCACACCCACGGGUAUACUCUUCUCAAGCCAAAUUGCAAGUCUGACGACCAGCCUAAGCAAAUUGUUUCCAAAUGUAACAGCUCCGAUAGUACCCAGCAAAGAUGCUGGUCUCACCUCUCUCCUGACGGCAAACAGCCAUCCCUCAACUUCAUCCACGCUCCCGCCCAUUCUCAACAAGUCCGAGGGUGGUUCUUUUGCAAUAGAAUCUGAAAAUACUGAGAAUGACAACAAGCUGCCAUCUCUGGUUAAGACAUCCUCAAAUGACAAGACACCUGACAAGUCUGAGCAGAAAAUCCCACCUGCCACAUCUCCUGCGGUAGCCGUAUCAUUAUUGUCUUCGCUUUCUGGAAAUCCGCUACACACCAACACCCCAAACCAAGCAAGUGUUGACUCGAAAAGUGAAUCUAAAUCAGGUGAAGCACAAUUCCCACAUACAACAACUGUCAGUGAAGGGUCUGCAAAACUCGAAGCCUCUGGGAAAUUGCCUUUGGCUAUCUUCACAACGAACAGCUUCGAAGUUUUGAUAACGCCAAUGUCGGCCGCUCAAAAGAGUGCUGGACCUUCUACGGUGUCUGGCAAACCAGAGAACUCGCAACUAUCCCCUGGAGAUAAGGCCGAAGUGUCCCCAUCGUCAUCUGAAGGCAAAUUUGAGCCAUCUCCGGUUUUCACCAUCAGUAAAAUUGAAUUGGCAACCACCAUCAUCAAAUCUGAAGAGUCACCGACAUCCUUCACCGAGAAGCCUGAAAUGGCAACCAGACCUUCCGUUGCCGCAUCCGAGACGAAAAUUCUUCCUUCUAUUGGAAAGCCUGAAGUGUCUAGCAAUCCAUCAGCCGUAAAGAUUGAGACAUCUGGAGGAUCUUCGGGGAGAAAACCAGAAGCUUCUACCUUUGAGUCUGGGGGCAAGACUGAAGGGUCGAGUGUUUCCAUCCCCAGCAACAUUGAAGGAUCGAAGUCACCUACUGAUACCAAACCCGAAGGUCUUGAGACUGAAAGGUCCAGUGCAUUCGUCUCUAGUAAGCUUGAAGUAUCGAAAAAAUUCGUCGAUAGUAAGCCUGAAGGUGUCACAACUGAGGCAUUGAGUGUAUCAGCCUCCAGCAAACUUGAGGCAUCGACAACGCCGGCUGAUAGCAAGCCUGAAGAGAUCAAUACCGAAGGGUCGAGUGUCCCCGUCCCCAGCAACGUUGAAGGACCGAGAACAUCCACCGAUAGCAAACCUGGAGGUGUCAAGACUGAAGGGUCCAAUGUUCCGGUCCCAAGCAAAAUUGAAGCAUCAACAACAUCGACUGGUGGCAAAUCCGAGAGUGUGAAGUCUACUUCCCCGGCUGCCAAACCGGAUACAUCACAAGAAGCUUUGAGCAGGCUUUCUGAAUCUUCGAAAGGGAGCCUACCAUCCUCGAAGGACUCCUUUCCUACUGGAAACAUCCUAUCGCCUCUCAUCUCAUCGGAGGUCGGAUCUUCUCUACUGGGCCCCGCUCAACCUACCGCAAUACCGCUGUCGGUUCCAGUGGGACCAUCGAGCCCGUAUUUUCCUCUGGUGAAAUUGUCGCCUCAACCAAUACCGAAUUCGAAUCUUUCCGUCACAGCCGUCGCAACCUAUGCAGGCGGAGCACCUGUAGUCACGCUGCCAAAUGGCUCACCAGUGCAAGAGGUCAUUGGUGGAUCAAAGACCCUCUUGUCCUCCUCGUCUUUGCAAGAAGGUGGCCAAACCGCUUCUAGCGUCAAAGCUGAAAUCGUUGCUAGUGGCAUAUCUGAUGCACCAGCCUUCACCAAGCCCGCAGUUGUUGCACUAAGCUCGAGCGUACCGUCGAAGGUUGCGACAGGCUCUAGUGCACCUGGAGAGGCUUUCUCAGGGACUUACUUAAGUCAAGAUGACACACCCCCUCUCGCCUCUGCUAGCUCAAUUCAAAGCGUUAGUGGCAGCAACAAAGUACCAGCUUCUCCCUCUAUUGGUGCCGAAGCCACCACAUCUUCAGUUGAUGUUCCUGUCCUACGUUCAGCCAACACAGCCGACUCGACGACUGCAGCAGCAAGUACCGCGGCUGACACCACUGUUCCCAGUGCAUUCGGCCAAUCCACCCAUGUACCAACUUCGAUGGGUAUUGAAGCCACCUCGAUAGCCAUCAUACCACCUCCUGAAGCUCCUACCAGCACAGAACAAAGAUUGUCAGCAUCUGUGGCUCCCGCCGAUAUGUCCUCGACUACAAGAGUAGUAGGUGGCGUCGGACCUGAGUCCACGCUGCUUGCAGGUCCGACGGCUGCUGCAUUUUCUCUUGGUUUCUACUCGUCCAGCUUCUCUACAGCAACAGGAUCAGGUAACGUUGGGAAUGGUAGCAUGCUUUUGCCACCUACCCCUACCCCUCUACCUUUCGAAGGAUUCGGCAAUAGACUCAUCAGCAACUACAAUCUCAGCCUCAUUAUUGCAUUUACUUACUUGUUCUGGCCCGGGCUUUAA